AUUAAGCACCUUUUGAUAGUUGAGUCAAUUAGCUCAAGCUCAAGGUCUCCCUUUCCUCUGGGUUUUGGUUGCUUCAAUGCCUAAAUUGCUUCUUAUAUACACAUUACUGGAGUGCUUCCAAUAGUUAUCCUUUUCUUUCUAUGGAGCUACAUUUUAUGCUCUUAACUAACAUUUUUCUUCUUUCUUUCAUUUUACUUAUUGCAGAUGCAUGGAUUUAUGCUCAUGAAGCAGUUGAAGAUGGGGAACUUGGUGAUGAUGCUGAUGAUGUUAAUUUUAAUGGUGAAGAUAGAUUCUAAUGGUGAAGCUAGUAGGAAAAGGGGGGUAGUUUUCGAUUUGUGGGGUGAAGACAAGUAUGAAGAUGCCAUCAAAUUUUCUUUCUAUGAACCUACCAAAAAUUGUUAUGGAAAGAAACUUCAAUUGACAGUAGAGAAGCAAAAAUAGUGAAAGAAUCCAUCAAUGCCUUCACCUCUUCCUCCUGAACCAGUUGCUUUCAACUAUGGUUGUGAUGCAAAUCAUGAUAUCCCUCUUGCUACAGUUACUAGACCCACUAAGGAAUUGCAGGGGAAAGAUAGGGAGAUUGGCCAUGGAAGUUGAAUUUAACCGACAGUAGGAGCACAGGAAGUGUAAGCAAAAUAGAGGCUUUAGCAAGAGGUAACUUGCAUUUGGUGUUAUGUUUUGUUGAUUACUCAUCAUAUCCAUGUCGUGGCUUGUUUCUGUUGCCUUUGAUGGUCUAUUAGCCUUUCAUUCAUGCCAUGACAGUCUAGAAUUUUUUAUUUUUUGUUUUGCAGAUUGGCCACCAUUUGCCUCAAUUGUUCAUAAUGAUAUAUUGAUUUAUCUAGAAAAGUUGAUCUACAUUGCCUUUUCAUCGUUCUUAGGUAUGCAAGUUUUUU